AUGGCUGGCUGGAACUUCUUCUUAUACGAGGCGCUCCUCAUUCCAUUUGAGAUCACAGCAAUCAAUAUGGUGCCCAACUUCUGGAAAGAUGACAUUCCCGUCGCAGCCGUCUGUGCCGCAAUCAUCGUGCUAUAUGCAGCCUGUAAUAUCCUUGCAGUAAAGGCCUACGGUGGAGCCGAAUUCUGGCUCUCAGGUGGCAAAGUCAUCUUGAUCCUCAUCCUCUACGCAUUCACCUUUGUUAUCAUGGUUGGCGGAAAUCCACCAAAAGGUCCUUACGGCUUCGGAGAGAUCCUGGGCCAAUGA